GGGUGUUGACAUGUCAGUGUCACUUGGUCAGCUGAUUGCGGGUCUUAAAGCUUCUUGGCUAGUACUGCUAGCCAGCUUAGUUAGCUUAGCAUAGCUGGAUGUUUGUUUUUGAUAACGUUACGGAUCUGUAGCGUUUAACGUAGCCCGGACAUUUAAAAUAAUCGGAAUAAUUUCACGUAUUUUAAACUAUUCUACAGUCGCUACCGGAUCGUUUUGCGGCCUAAAGUUGCCGUGAGGGAGGCAGUAAUUAUUGUGGCAGGGAGGGAAGGGUGAAGUUGUUCUCCGUGUAUCUGCAUUGCAGCCCGGUGCUGCUGAUGGAAUUCAAACACACAACAAUGGCGACUCCCAGUCCUAACAACUCAACAACACCUAGCAGCCACAACAGCAGCAAUAACCCAGGAUCUGCUGCACACCACCAUCUCCAGUCCCCCCAGCAGCACUUUACAACAAUGAGCAGCAUGCAGGAGUCCAACACCUGCUGGAGAUGUCAGAGUGAAACAGGGUUUCAGAUAAACCUGUCUGGAGCUCCCCCAAGUAAACGCAAAGCUUUGAAGCUGAACUUUGCCAACCCUCCGAUCAAACCCACCACCAGAUUCACACUGAACACGGCCGGGCCGCCCUUCCAGAACCCGCACAUAGAGAGGCUGAGAACACACAGUAUCGAGUCCUCAGGGAAGUUGAAGAUCUCCGCGGAGCAGCACUGGGACUUCACGGCCGAGGAUCUCAAAGACCUGGGCGAGAUUGGACGAGGGGCUUACGGUUCCGUCAACAAGAUGGUGCACAAUCCCAGCAACCAGAUCAUGGCGGUCAAGAGAAUUCGAUCCACAGUUGAUGAGAAGGAGCAGAAGCAGCUGCUGAUGGAUCUGGACGUGGUCGUGAGGAGUAGUGACUGUCCUUACAUCGUGCAGUUUUACGGUGCUCUGUUCAGAGAGGGCGACUGUUGGAUUUGUAUGGAACUUAUGGCUACCUCGUUAGACAAAUUUUACAAAUUUGUAUAUUGCUCAUUAGACGACGUGAUUCCGGAGGAAAUAUUAGGAAAAAUAACAUUAGCUGUAAGUUGUUCUUGGACCACUUUUAAAAAAUGUAAAUGCCUAAUGUUCGAUUCCUGCUGCCUAAGAUUCCAUUUUGUUUUGCAGACUGUGAAGGCACUUAACCACUUAAAAGAAAACUUGAAAAUAAUACACAGAGACAUUAAGCCGUCAAACAUCCUCCUGGACAGGAAUGGCAACAUCAAGCUGUGUGACUUCGGCAUCAGCGGCCAGCUGGUGGACUCCAUCGCCAAAACCAGAGAUGCAGGCUGCAGGCCCUACAUGGCUCCCGAGCGAAUAGACCCCAGUGCGUCCAGGCAGGGCUACGACGUCCGCUCAGACGUCUGGAGUUUGGGAAUCACACUGUACGAGUUGGCCACAGGCAGGUUCCCCUACCCGAAGUGGAACAGUGUGUUUGACCAGCUGACCCAGGUGGUGAGGGGGGACCCCCCACAGCUCUGCAACUCUGAGGAGAGGCGCUUCUCUCCCAAAUUCAUCUCCUUUGUCAACGUGUGCCUUACAAAGGACGAGUCAAAAAGGCCAAAGUACAAAGAGCUACUGAAAGAUCCGUUCAUCCAGAUGUACGAGGAGCGCUCGGUGGACGUGGCGAGUUACGUGUGCCGGCUCAUGGAUCAGAUGCCGACGUCUCCCAGCUCACCGAUGUAUAUGGACUGAUGGCACAACAAGACACACAAACACAUCACUAAAUAUUCACCAUGCAGUCUGCAACAAUAGAUGCAUUAACAAAAAAAAAGAAGAAAACAAAACAAAUCCUUGUGUACAUUUGCUUGGUCCCCUUAUUGCAGUGUUAAAAGAGAAUUGUAAUGCCUACAAAAAAAAACACACCAUUUGCAAUAACAGUGGUGUUAUGUCUGUAUAAUAUAUCAACACUUCUGUUUCUCUCUUGUUCACAAAUACACAGUUAUGUAAGUAUGAUAGCAGCUGAAUCAAACAAUCAUCUAAAUGAGGACACAUCUCAGUGGUUAGUAUAAGAAAAUAAUAAUAAUAAUGUGGAACUUGUAUUUAUAUUUGAUUUGGAGAUUCUUCAACAUACUGGAAUCAUGCUCUUUUGUGAAUUGUCCCACCUCUUCCAUGUACGUAACUGAAAGCAUUGUGUUUGGUAUGUUAAUGGAACUUUGCUUCUCUGGGUAUAAAGCAGUUUAAAGCGUGUUGGUGGGCAGAAUCGUGUUAGACCUGCAGUCCGUGCUGAGGGACUGCUGCCCUCGCUGUACAGUGGACUAUAUGCUGAUAUAUGAAUAAAGACGGAGAGAGGAA